AUGGUUGACCCACAACCUCGACCACCAGCCAAGUACGUUGCAUGGAGGGAAGACCUGGAGGUUGCCCUCCUGCGUGAGGUGACACGAAUCGAACCAUUCGCAGCAGACCACGGCGAGCUGCUGCAGCGAUGGAAGUUGGUUGCAAGUGGCCUUAGUGACCAAGUACCCAAGAUCAACUACCGCAGUGCCCGUGAGCAUCACGCCAACAUGCUCACGGGCACUGCGGUAGUUGAUCUUGGGUACUUGGUCUCAUGCAGCAAGGAGAGCGGCACGCGGACGCAUCGUUACGACUGUGGUAAGGAAGCCAAGAGGUCGUGGAGCGCGUGGUACAUGAUAAAGAUGUUGCCCGUGGACGUCAACCAGCAAAUGCGAUGCGACGGCAUGACGAUUGCAAACGCAUCCUUCUCGAGGACCAAUCCGAGCGCCGUCCUGCGGGACGUUGAUGACGGGGGCGACGAUGCAGUCGUCGAGUAUGAUUUUGACGCGGACAACAUGCGGCGCAUCGUGGUUAGGUUGGUCAUGGAGGCGCGGCGUGGAUCCACGGAGUCAUGGUAUGACACGGAUGUACCCUCGAAGGCCAAGACCGACGACAACAUGAUCAGCUCUCGACCCAUCCACGACGCUAGAACGUCAUUCGCCCACCCAGCCAGCGGUGAUGUCCAUCGAUCUGACCUCCGUGACGAGCUAAACAAAGUCACGCGACCGCUCGUGCCAGGCUGGAAAUAUCCAAGGUAA